AAAAACAAACAAAUUAUGAAAGAAAAGGAAUUUUUGAUCAAUAUAAAGAUUAUUAUGAAUUAGAUAUAAAUGAAGUAUCUUCAAUAUUAUUGGACCAUUAUGAAAAUAAUUGCCGAUCUUCAUGGAAAGGUAAUUUUAGUGCACCAGUUGAAGAAAUACUGAAAAAUGAUAAAACUAACGUUCUCGACUCUGGAUACGUAAUACUACAAACUCGAAGCUAUUUGUUGCGAGCAUCUUUAACUG